AUGGAAAGGAAUCUUAAGAAUGUUUUGGUCAUUUCUUUCGGAUUUUUACUUCUCUUUACUGCUUACUCAGGACUCCAGAGCCUACAGAGCAGUCUCAAUGCGGAAGAAGGCCUGGGUGUUGCUUCCCUAAGUGUUCUGUAUGCUGCACUCACCUUAUCGUCCAUGUUCCUGCCUCCCAUCAUCAUCAAGAAGCUGGGCUGCAAGUGGACCAUCGCAGUCUCUAUGUGCUGCUAUGUCGCCUACUCCUUAGGGAACUUCUAUGCUAGCUGGUACACACUUAUCCCUACCUCUAUGAUCCUGGGCUUAGGAGGAGCACCACUCUGGUCUGCCAAAUGCACUUACCUCACUAUUGCUGGCACUUUGUAUGCUGAGAAAGCAGGAAAAAGUGCUAAAGACAUUAUCAACCAAUACUUUGGGAUCUUCUUUCUGGUGUUUCAGACUUCCGGCGUCUGGGGAAAUCUUAUCUCAUCCUUGAUACUUAGCCAAUCUUCCAACCAAGGGGAGAUCUCAGAAGAAGGCCUGGAAUGCUGUGGAGCAUAUGACUGCCUGACUGAUACCACUAACAGCACUGGCUCAGAAAGACCCUCUGACUCCUUAAUCUACACACUGUUAGGGGUCUAUACUGCUAGUGGUGUGCUAGCCGUGUUGCUGGUUAUUAUAUUUCUGGACCAGAUCAAAUCUGACCAAGCAGAGACUGAGAAAGAAAAAACACCCUUUUGGUCUACGUUCCUAGCAACUUUGCGGCAUCUUAAAGAUAAAAGACAGUGUCUUCUAAUCCCUCUGACAAUGUACAGUGGGUUUGAACAGGCAUUUCUUAGUGGUGACUUCUCAAAGAGUUUUGUGACCUGUGCCCUGGGGAUACAGUAUGUUGGCUAUAUGAUGAUCUGCUUUGCAGGUAUAAAUUCCCUCUGCUCUCUGCUCUUUGGAAGGAUCUCCCAGUUCACGGGUAGAAAACUUCUAUUUGCAUUAGCUGCAGUUCUGAACACAAGCUGUUUAAUAACAGUACUGCUCUGGAAACCUGAUCCCAAGCAGCUUGCUGUGUUUUUUGUGAUCCCUGGUCUUUGGGGUGUAUCUGAUGCUGUUUGGCAAACACAAACUAAUGCACUUUAUGGCAUUUUAUUUGAGAAAAACAAGGAGGCUGCCUUUGCAAAUUACCGUCUCUGGGAAUCAGUUGGAUUUGUCAUCGCCUUUGCUUACAGCACCAAACUGCAAGUCUACAUCAAAGCCUCCAUUGUACUGUCUGUGCUUGUGCUGUCCAUGCUGACCUACGGAGCAGUGGAGUACCUCGAGGCUAAGAGCUCCCCUGGGACACCUGCUGCUACAAAGAAGGAAAAUGGGGGACCCCACUCCCAGGAAACACACAUGUAA